AUGGCAUCACGAAUUGUAUUGAUCACCGGUGCGAACACGGGCCUUGGGCUCGAAAUCGUGCGCGCCUUGUAUCGUUCCGAGUCCUCUUCCACCAUUCUAUGUGGCAGCCGCUCGCUUGACAAGGCGUCCGCCGCCCUGAAAGCACUCCAAGCCGAUAAGCCCAAGAACCCCCAAACCACGGUCGAGCCUAUUCAGAUCGACAUUGAAGAUGACAAUUCCAUCAACUCGGCGUUUGACAAUGUGGAAAAUACACACGGACACAUUGACUGUCUCGUGAACAAUGCCGGUAUUGCGUUGGACCAAGCCUUCCUGGCCGGCAAAAUCAGUCAGCGUGAAGCGUGGGACAAGGCAUAUUCGGUGAAUGUCACCAGCACUCACGUCAUGACAUACAAGUUUGCGCCGCUACUGAUCAAGUCGUCCGAUCCUCGCCUGAUCUUCAUUGGAAGCGGGACGGCCAGUUUAGCAAGGCAGGUCGCUCUCAAGAGCCCGAUCGACCAUUCGCCGCCGAAAGGCUGGCCGAAGCCUAUCAUUGGUCAAUGCGCCUACCGGACGUCCAAAACCGCCCUGACGAUGGUGAUGCGGGAAUGGGCCCGCAUAUUGAAAGAAGAUGGUGUUAGAGUUUUUGCGUGCAGUCCUGGGAUGCUGGCAACCAAUCUUGGAGGCAGUCCUGAACAGCUGAAGGCUUAUGGAGCGCUCGAUCCUUCCAUUGGGGGAGGGUUCGUCAAGGAUGUCAUCGAGGGCAAGAGGGAUGCUGAUGCUGGCAAGGCUAUCGAUAAAACGGGUGUGCAAGACUGGUAG